GACGUCAAACACAAACUAGAAUAAAUGAAAAGUGGGGUUUUUGAUUAGCUAACGUACUAAUUACUUUUCAAUUAGUUUUCACUAAUCCAACUUCUUCCCCGCGCGCUGUGACUGUCUUUUUAACUUUCCCCUCCGUUCCGUUCUCUCCAUUAUCUCUCUCUCUCUCUCCAGAGAGGAGAAAAAGAAGAAGACAAUGCCAGUUUCUGCAGAGCCUUAUUCGUCUUCUUCGACGACAAUAGGUCAACACAUCAGACUCCAACGACCUAGGAAUCCUCGAAAUCCCCAUCCCAUUUCCACCGCCGACGAACCUCUUCUCCCCAAACCUAGCCGCGUCUCUAAAUCCGCCAUGUCUUCCUUCUUCCUCUUACCACCAGCUUCUUCCAACGACACCACCACAAGGAAACCCACCCAAACGGCGUCGUUCCGCGGGCUGGGCUGCACAACCUCCGCCUCUCAACAAGUCUCUGUCCCCGCUGUGAUUCGCUCUUCCGCAGAUUGGGAUGCGAGUGAUUACAAAACCAAGAAGACCAAGAAGGACAAGAAGAACAAAGCUGGUAGAUACAAUGCCGGUUCGGUUAGGAUCUUGACCGAAACUAGUAGUAGUAGUAACAUUGGCUGCUCGGCGAUUCCUGAUGUUUGGUGCGGACCUGGAGUUGGGUUUUCCACGGAUGCUGUCGUUGGCGGCUCCAUUGACACUGUCGAGUCAGAUCCUCCCAGAAGGAAUAUUCCGGUGAGACGCAAAAUCGAUGGAGAUAAAACCAAUAGUAGCUAUAAUAACCAAAGAGAGGGUUCUUCUCUUCUUCCUAGACGAUCUCUCAAUCAAGAAUCCAAUCCUUACUUUGAUUCUCAUUCGACCUUUUUGACAUCCCGGGCUGAACGGAGUGAAAGAUAUCAUCGUCAUCUACUACAACCUUACCCUGAUGGACUCGCUGAGAUGAUGAUGAUGCAGAAUGGUGUUGUAAUGGGAGGGGUAGUGAGCUCAAACGACCACUUCCGCGAUUUGAGGCUCAAUGUCGAUAACAUGACCUACGAGCAACUUUUGGAGCUUGGUGAUAGAAUUGGGCAUGUGAACACUGGACUUAAUGAAAAACAGAUCAAAAGCUGUCUCCGGAAAGUUAAACCAUUCCGUUUUGAUACACCAUUUGAAGAUCGAAAGUGCAUCAUCUGUCAAGAAGAGUACGAGGCAAAGGACGAGGUAGGGAAGUUGGGAUGUGGGCAUAGGUUCCAUAUCCAGUGUGUGAAACAAUGGCUAGCGAGGAAGAACUCUUGUCCUAUUUGUAAAACGACUCCGUACGUUAAGUCUUAGAUUGAGGAGAUGAUGAUUCUUCAUUUCGGGAUUGAAACCAAUCACAAUUUUUAUUUAUUAUUCGUUAAGAGAACCAUUAUUCAUGAUUCCUGUUUUAGUUUACUUCUGAAAUAACUGUUUGAAACUUUGUAUUGCCUAUGAUGGAAAUUUCUCAAGAGAAAUUGUGAACCCCACAUUGCUUGUGGGUGGGUUCGUUCAUGUU